AUGCAAGCUGCUCAAGUUUUUAAAUAUGAUAUCAAAGAUUAUACAGAUGACAAUAAAGCAAGUCUGAAAAGAUUAUUUGAUUAUUUUGAUCAAUUUAUAGAAUUUCUUCAAGAAUCAGCUAUAAGUCCUAAUUAUCUGCCUGCUAGUGCUAUUUUAAUUGAAUAUAAUAGAAAUUCUAAACAUAAUAGAUCGAUUGAAGAGGCUGAAUAUCUUGUGCAACAGUUUGGUAAAAUAACUGAUGCAACUUAUAUUAGACGACAAACAGAACAGGAUAAUGGAAAUGUCAUUUUGCAAACUACUUACAAAUGUCAUUGUUCAGAGACUUAUCAAUUUAUAGUAGGUUAA